AUGCCUCCUAAGCGUAAUCAUACAUCCAUGUCGUCCUCGAGUCGCGUUGACGGAAACUCGCAGGUCGAACCGAUAAUGACGAUGCCUCCGUAUCGGACGCCGGCUCCGACUUCUCUCCAGCUCCGGCGCCAGCUCCCACGAAACGCGCCCGUAAAAGCACCGGCACAGCAGCAUCGACACCACACACUCUCGAGUCUCUCCUUGCUCUCACACGACGAGCUAGCGAAAUAUACCCUCGACCUCCAGACCCAGCUGUCAGCGCUUCAACAGAGCGGCAGCGGCGGCAGCGGCGGAGAGGUAUGGUCUGAGGAGAAGAUCGCCGAGCGCGCGAAGAAGACUGGAGAUGUGUGUGCUGCAGAGAUCAAGAAACAGAUGAAGUGGCAGCCAAGUUGCAAGACAGGUAUUACAAAGUGGAGUUACACCGGCAUUGUGCCACAUGAAGACGUCUUCUACAAGCUCUUCGGUUUCGAGAAGCCCAAGAAGCCAUGGAAGCAGAAGAAGACUGCUUUGGACGACUUUAUAGACAGAGUUGGCCGCAUCAGUGCCUCGAUCAGAUAUGGUUCUUUGGGCCUCACAGGUGGCGAUGUCAAAGUCCACUGGGAUCAAGACGAAAAGACCUUCAAGCUACGCUCCUUCGCUUGCGUGGCCAUUAAUAGACGAUGUGUUUUGUGACGAUCUGUGCCUUUCCUCUGUAUAAGCCUGCUCUCAGGAUUCGGCGCUCGUUCCUUAUAAGGCUGCAGUGUAUGACUCGGACAGGUAGCCUGAUUGCAACAUAAAUCUUCGCUCCUCCUUCGAAACAUGCGACACACGAAACUCGCACAUUUGCGUCGACAAGAAAAGAAAAUUCAAGCCAAACACCAACAAUUUUCGGCAACAAAUGGUUGUACGAUCAUAUGCCAUGACAGAUAAUGCCACCGCUAUCACUCGUGGUCAUGUUUGUGUUCAGGAACGCAAGACGUGGUGUCACUAUGAAUCAGUUAAUUCUUUGCGUCAUGCUAGUUGUGCUCGCUUUCUUGUGCCCGAGGGUUGUUUGUAGCAGUCCCGCUGAAUAUGGUGUAGGAUUCAAUCUCGCCAUGGACUAUGGAUAGGUUCUGAUAUCCGGAAUCUGGCAAGCUGAUAGUUGACA